AUGUCUUUCAUCUCGAAGAAGAUUUCUUUUAGUACUCCCCUUGAGGAUGUUACCUCUCCUACCGAGAACACUGGAAAUCAGGGUCGUGAAGGUGGUCGUCAGGAUACUAGAGGAGCCACACGGAGUGGUUACCCUUACUUCAACCCGGUUCAGGCGAUCUCUUAUCCAUCGCCGUAUAACCCUAAUGAUUCCACUUUCUGGCGAGACGCGGGGGUGAACAAGUAUACCGCCUUGCACUCCCAUCCGGUCCACCCGAUUCGUAUCCCCAGAGGAUACACUCAGAACGUUGGCGCAGGAGUCGAGUUGUAUUCGCCACAAGAAACGCGUGCAAGCCAUGAGCCGCCACUCAUGCCACGCCAACAAUACAUCGAAAGACUACCUGCUCCCGGCGCUGGAACACACACUCCAACGACCACACUUGUGAGAGCAGGAGAGUUGACUAUCACCUUGUCGGAGCCCGUCAGCCCUCCCCGUGCCUCGAUAUCUCGCAAUAAUUCAAUGCCAGAGGCCACGGAGGAUGGCAAAGCUUCCGGAAGGCAUCCACCACGAUCAUUCUCUCUCCAGCCAUUGCGUGGUCACCCAGCCGAAAACAAUAGUCACGGACCUCCUACCACUUUCGAUGAGAUCUUCCCCCCCGUCUCCCACGACGGAGACAGAACUUCAAAUACAAGUGCCCCGACCGCCUUUAGCAUCCGUGGCAUGUUGCAGAAGACCCGGGGCGCCGAAAAGAGUCGUAGGGGCCCAACUGACAAAUCGAAAUUGCGAAGCAGCGGCAGUGGUGCCGGCAAGACGGUUUUCAAGGGCAGGAAGUCCAGGAAGAACGCAGGCAACCCAAUGACUUCGCUUGGAGCUAUAUCAACGCCAACAGCUGUGCCUACUCCCUCAUUGUUGCAGCAACUUGGGAGAAAGUACAUCGAGCUUAGCCCAAACCAAGACACACCCGCAUAUCUUCAGCAGACAGUGUCGACACCAAUGGAGCCCGCCACUCCGGACUCACCAAGCCGCCAUGCUCAGCCAGCAGCUUUCGCCACACGCAGUAAGAAUGCCAUGACCGGGCAUCACGAAACCAUGACCAUGCCUCGACUUGUUCUGUCUCGCUCUACAGAACUUCGCAGACCAGAGAGCAACGCAACUAGUGAUGCAGGAGUGCAGACCGGACCAUCCGCCAAUGGUCUGGUUGGGACCUGCGCACAGUUCGAUGCACUCAGUGGUGCCGUCUGCAGAAAAGUCCGAGAAGCAGAGACAAGUGUACAAAGAGACCAGUACUUGAAAAAGGCUCUUGAAGUGCAGAAGCUGCUCGUCGACUACCAGCGGCUGGGAGAGAUUGUUGAGGAUACUUCUAAGUUCCUCAACCAGAAGAUGAUGGAGAGGGAGUCGAUCGAGGCCAAGCUUCGAGCUAUGAUGGAGGAGUCGUAG